GCGCUCCCCAUGGCAGAUGAAAAGCCUAAGGAAGGAGUCAAGACUGAGAACAGUCACAUAAAUUUAAGGGUGGCGGGACACGGCGACUCUGUCAUUACAAAAAAAAAAAAAAAACUGGCACCACUUAGUAAACUAUUGAAAGCCUAUUGUGAACGACAGGGUUUGUCAAUGAGGCAGAUCAGAUUCCGAUUUGAUGGGCAGCCAAUCAAUGAAACAGACACGCCUGCACAGUUGGAAAUGGAGGAUGAAGAUACAAUUGAUGUGUUCCAACAGCAGACAGGAGGCGUCUACUAAAGAGGGAACCUGCUACUUUACUCCAGAACUCUGUUAUUAUAGACCAAGAUGACAUUCUCAACUAGAAAAUUGCAAUUUGGUUCCACCACAUCCCGACUACUACAGUAUGGUUUUUCUAUUCUUUUCAUUUUCCCCUUCCCUAUUCCUUUAUUGUACAUGAAGUAAUUGGUGUAUGUACACAAGCAUAUUGCAUAUUUUUAAAACUAAAUGGCCAAUGAUAUGUUUUGAUUGACAUCAGGUGGAGAUGGGUUGGGGAAAAUUAUUGGUUCUGUGAAAAUACCCCCUUUUCUCCAGUAGUGGCAUGCUCAUCUGCUCUUAUCUUUAUGUUCCAGUAAGUUAUUUUGCUCUCACUGUUUUAACAAAACGACAACAACAUGAAAAACCUUGCAUACCUUGUUCAA